GUUUCUCCUUUAUGUGUACGGCCCAAUCAACUAUAGUCUACGUUAACCCUAAUAUUUUUUGUCAAAAAAUCGAUUCAUCCCUUCUCUCCCUUAUUCGGCGACGAUGACUGUGGAACUUCCUCAACGUCCAUGAAACGGAUCUCUGAUUAAUCCCAUCGAUUGAGACUCCCACUACGAGUUCUUCAAUGCGUUGUUUGCAUUGGCUGGAUCUGUGAGGUCGGGUAUGAAUAGUCAAGUGUUCUGCUGCGAUUCUGGAAAGCCAGGAAUGUCAAGCGCUCAUGUGGCUUGAUAUGCUGAUGGUGGACGUUAAUGUAAGUAUUCUUUCCAGAUCCUGACUUAUUAUUUUCCGGUGAACCUUAUUUAUUAUUAGCAUUGAUAGUGGUUUCCUGUGAAACUCAUCUUGAUAAUCAUCAUUGAUUUUGAUUUUCUGUUAAUUUGCUCUAAUAUUUAUAUUCGGGUGAACUUCUGUAAAUCGACCAUAAGGGUUGCUCGAGUCGACCUCUUUUGAAGAUCUAACCGAGCCGAUCUCUCGCCUGAAUAAGGUUUCCGGUUCCGUAAUGUUUGAUUUAGCUAACACAAACACUCAUCUACCAGACAUCACAGGAGAAAUCAUUGGUGUGCAAAGUACAGUUAGUGAUCCUCCGGAAGAAAAGAAUGGUGACUAUAAAACUGGAUAGGUUAUUUGACUCCCAGGUUGUUUCUUUUCACAAAGAGCUUGAAGCCAUGUGUGUUGAUCCGAAGGUCAUUGCUGCUACUAGCAUAAACCCAAAGUUGGUUGGAGGCCGUUUGUUCCUCAAUGCAACGUCGCAUGUGUAUUUUGAUAAGAAGACGUAUGCAGGGGAAGUCCGAUUCUACCAGUAUGUUAUUCGUUUAUUAAAUGUGUAUAUGUGCAUUGACACUAUUAGGCUGCCUAACCAUUCUAUGGUGCGUAGGUUGGUCGCCAGGGGCACUGGUCUACCAUCAGCCGCCCCACCGCUAAGAUCAAAUGCGAAGGUUGAGACAAUGACAAUGGCUGAGCUCAACGCUGCUGUCGUCAAUGCUGCAUCGCAGGAAAUUGACUUCCUACGCAUUGGGAGGGUUGUUUGCCUUGACACAGAUAAGGGUUGGUGUUAUGCUGCAUGCUCUAAAUGCAGUAAAAAGUUGCAGCGCACUACCUCUGCUUUUGCGUAUGGGCGAUGCAAUAAUUUGCAUGGUGCUGGAGCCCUUCGAUGCUCAAAACAGUGGGACAAGAUGAACUCGAGGCUUCUUCUCGGUUGCUAUCUUUCUUUGUGGAUCACCUUAAUAAUAUGUUUGUAGUGUUGGACACAAAUAAUUUGAUUCUCUGUUGAAAAGGUUACAUUGUUCAUCUAACUUGAUAUUGAAAAAAGUUCUCUGUUA